CGUAAACAUAAAACUGAUCUUAGAACGCGUCACAUACCGCGGUGCAUUGUGGGUCUUAGUUUUGUAGACACGUUUUCUGUCCAGCAUGGCAAGCAAGCACAAGAGGAAGUUGGAAGACUUGUCCGUGGAUGAGUUCCUGGUGUCUGGCUUUGAGUCGGACGGGGACGACUCUGACGCAGAAGGGGAAGAGAAUGUUCAGCAGAAUGGCAAGGAGGAGAAUGUCCCUGCUGAGACGAUUCCCAAGAAGAAGGGGAAAGCGUCUGAGCACAAGGAGCAGCUGUCCCGGCUUCAGGCAAAAGAUCCCGAAUUCUACAAGUUCCUGAAGGCUAAUGACAAGAAGCUGCUGAACUUCGAUGACACAGACAGCUCUGAGGAGGAUGAGGAGGAGGACAAGUAUCACACCCUACCUGCUGAACUGGAGGAGGCCAAUUCUGAUGAGGAAGAACAGGCAUCAGCUGCCAAGUCAAAGAAGUCUGAAUCCAUUCCAGUCACAGAGAAGAUGAUCGCUGAGUGGAAAGCAGCUCUGAGGGCUGAGCCUUCUCAACGCCUCUUCAGAGAAGUCACUCAGGCUUUCAAAGGCGCCGUGGCUACAACCAAAGGCGACAGUGUUGACCAGUGCAGAUAUGUUGUCUCUGAUAGUGCAGUGUUCAAUGCACUGGUGGUGUUCUGCAUAAGAGAUAUCCCAGUUGCUCUGCAGAGGAUGCUUGACCUCAAGUCAUUUGAGAAAGAGGACCAGAAGAAGCUGAUAUUACCAUCCUCCAGUAAAAGGUGGCAGAAGAACAUGCUUGACAUCAGAAUGUACCUUAGUGGUCUCAUUCAGCUCCUGUCCAGCCUAACUCAGUUCACAGUUGUUGCCGCUGUUCUCCGUCACAUCAACCAGAUGGUGCCCUACUACCUGUGUCUGUCCAAACAGUGCAGAGUCUUAGUGAAGCACCUGGUGAAGCAGUGGAGCACAGGGGAGGAGACCGUGAGAGUUCUGGCCUUCUUGGCCCUCAGCAAAAUCUGCCGGCACAAGCAGGACAUCUACCUCAGCGUCAUCCUUAAGCAAAUGUACAUCGCCUAUGUGCAGAACUGCAAGUUCACGUCGCCCAACACUCUGCCCCUGAUCAGCUUCAUGCAGCGCACUCUGAGUGAGAUGUACGCUCUGGACACGCAGGUCUCCUACCAGCACGGCUUCAUCUACAUCCGCCAGCUGGCCAUCCACCUCAGGAAUGCUAUGACCAUGAAGAAGAAGGAAACGUACCAGUCGGUGUAUAACUGGCAGUACAUGCACUGUCUGUACCUGUGGUGUCGCGUGCUGAGCACCCUCCAGCCCAGCGAGGUCCUGGAGCCCCUCAUCUAUCCGCUGUGCCAGGUCAUCCUCGGCUGCGUCAAGCUGGUACCCAUUGCACGCUACUACCCGCUGCGGAUGCACUGCGUCCGUGCCCUCACCCUCCUCUCUGCCAGCACCAGGACGUUUGCGCCCGUGCUGCCCUUCCUGCUGGAGAUCCUGCAGCAAGAGGACUUCAACAAGAGGCCAGGCCGUAUGAGCGCGAAGCCCAUCAACUUUGACGUGAUCUUGAAGCUCAGCAAGACCAACCUGCAGGAGAAAGCCUUCAAGGAUGGCCUGAUCGAGCAGAUUUACGACCUCAUGCUGGAGUACUUCCACACCCAGGCCUGUACCAUCGGCUUCCCUGAGCUGGCUCUGCCCUCCAUCAUCCAGCUGAAGGCUUUCCUGAAGGAAUGCAAAGUGGCCAAUUACUGCAAGCAGAUCCGGCAGCUCAUGGAGAAGAUACAGGAGAACUGCAACCACAUCACAAGCAGGAGACAGCGAGCUACAUUUGGUGUGGCUGACGCCGUGGCCGUGGCUGCCUGGGAGAAGCAGACGCGAGAGGAAGGCACCCCCCUCACCAAGUACUACAGCCAGUGGAAGAAGCUCCGCGAGAAGGAGAUCCAGAUGGAGAUCUCCGGCAAGGAGAGGAUGAUGGACCUGAACCUGCCUGAGAUCAAUCGUAAGCUGGUCCACGAGAAGAAGAAAGACCAGAAGGAGUUCAAGGGCCUGUUCGAGUCGGACAGCGAGGAUGACGAGGCUGACCCGGUGCUCAAACUCAAAGGGAAAGCUGGGGAAGGAGGUUCCGAUGAGGACGACGCCGAGCUGGAGGUCCUGUUAGACCUGAGCGAUGAUGAAGAUGAUGGUGGUGAAGAGGGCGGAGAGGAAGACUUGGAUGAUGAUGAUGAAGCCUCAGGCUCCAAAGAGAGGGGGCCCAAGAAACUGUCAAGCGCGGCCCUGCAGGAGAUCGCAGAGGGAGACGCGGACAUGGUGGAGGACUUGGAGCUGUCUGACCAGGACUGAGCUGCAGGAUGCAGCCUCAGAGGGACAGGAAUGGACCGGGCUGAGUUACAGUGGAGCUCUCCCUCUCUCUCUCUCUCUCUCUCUCUAUCUGAAGGACUCCUCCAAGUGUCCAGCUGUUACACAGUGGAAACACAGCUGGAUGAGAGUCCAUGUGCCCCGUCCACUAGCAGACAAGGAACUUCUUUGGAACAAGACCAGAAAUUGUAAUAUACUGAUAUCACAAGUUAUAUGACGGGGCCCCCCUCUGCUAUUCAUACAUUUAUCAAUAUUUUGUUUAUAGAUAUUCUGAGGUUCUUAUGUUUAAUCUGUACAGUAUAUAAUAUGAUUAUGGAAAAAGAAAAUCACAUUCAACGCUGUCUUCAUGAGAUCUAAAUGUUUUUAUUUUUUUUCUUAAACUGGUUGUUGCAACAAAAAACAAAAACUUGUUUGACUUUUUACAGUAAAAACCCUUACUUACCCGUG